AGGAAAUGAAAACUGAUGACCAUUGAAGCAAGCUUUUUGCUUAAAAUAUACGUUUCCACUGGACAAAUAUCAGACAAAGGCCUUGUUCCGGAUUUUCAUUAACCUUUCCGAGUUGGGGCCAAGGAGACAUUGAAAGAAGUAAAUUAAGCGAGAAAUAAUAAGCUCUUUUUAUUUUAGUUGGAUUUAAUUAUUUAUUUCCCCCCCACAAAAUAUUUGGUAUCUAGGGACCACCUUAUAGCAAUAUGAAAUAAUGACAUCAGCGCGUCAGUGAACUAUAAAUUAGCUGGCAAAAGGAUAAUUAAGCAGAGAGUAACGGAACGGAAGAGUUACUGGUUAUAAAAACGGACGGAACGAGCUCAGCCACAGAUAAAAAAGGAAUUAUUGAGUUGUAUGUAUGGUAAUGAUAAACCUGUGUUCUAUUUUCAUUGAGUGAAAUACCAGGUAUAGUUUGUUGUUCAGGUUUUGUCCAUCCACUUGUGAAUGACGUGUAGGUGAAGAAGAAUUCCUUCUUUUCGCAUCUAGCAACAAAGGCAUUUCAAACAGCGUUAGUCAACAUUAGCGUACUAGGUGGGAAGUUUGUUUUAUUAAAUAACUUCACUUCCUCUCUGAAUUUUCAUUAAAACAUUAAAGUCUUUAAAGCAUCAUACAGAAACAUUUCUUUGACACUGAAGACAUUUUCUAAAUGGCAAGCAUGAACCAAAUGGUGCUGAAUUCGUUGUGUGUAUUAGCUCUUUGCACGAUUGUCUUAGGUGGAUUUUCAGUGGAAAAAUUUUGUGAAAAGGCCUGCAAUAGAGGACUCGGAGGUAAUUUAUGUAGAUGCAAUGGUUUCCAUUUUGCCGGCAAAAGAACAGUUUUAAAUGACAUUUUACCCGUUCCAAAUAAAUAUUCCACUCUGUAUAAAGAAGAAGAAAUGGAAGAGAGGAAACAUGCUCCUACUUUUACCAAUGAUCUAGAACCUCUGAGACAAAAUUUUCGCAGGGAACAAUUAACAACGACGGAUAAAAUUAAGGAAGCACAAAUGUUUGUUCAGUGGCUUUUAGAUCACGUCGAUAUCUUAAAAUCGGACAUACCAGAAAAACACUUGGGCACCUAUGGUAUUGAAAAUGAAGAGUAUAUUCCCUGAUGAUUUGACACCUACAUCAUGUGAUAAACUAUUGGACACUCAUUGAAUUUGCUUCGUAUUUAUUCAUUGUUAUGUAAACUUUAUCAUAUCAUUAACUUGACUUGUUCUAUUUUUGCACACUAUUUUAAAUUAUUUUUUCCAUAUGUUGUAAUAAAAACAUUAUUUUCCUCAGUUUUAUG